UCAGUGUGAAAGGAGGGGACUAUCCUAAACCGAGCUCAUUUUUACGCUUAGGUCCCUUUGCGGAGAGAGCGUCCUCUGGAUCUGAUGAAAGAGCUCCGCGCGAACUCAGAGCGCACUUCAUAACCCGGGGUCCGCAUCUUCCCACAUGCGCCGCUGACACGUCUCCAGACGUCACGCACAUCCCUUCGGGCGGCAGAGGGAACGUUCACCGGGCUGGUGUGGCACAUUGUGACUACGCACGAGAGACGCGCGCCAGGGGGACGAUGUUGCUGAAGGAGUACAGGAUAUGCAUGCCGCUCACGGUGGAGGAGUACCGGAUUGGGCAGCUGUACAUGAUCAGUAAGCACAGUCAUGAGCAGAGUGACCGGGGGGAAGGCGUGGAAGUGGUCCAGAACGAACCCUAUGAAGACCCGGCACAUGGCCAAGGACAGUUCACAGAGAAAAGAGUCUACCUCAACAGUAAAUUACCCAGCUGGGCUCGAGCAGUGGUUCCGAAAAUCUUCUACGUGACGGAGAAAGCGUGGAAUUACUACCCUUACACCAUAACAGAAUAUACCUGCUCCUUCCUACCUAAGUUCUCCAUCCACAUAGAGACGAAAUACGAGGACAACAAAGGAUGCAAUGACAACAUCUUCGACACCGAGCUGAAGGACAAUGAGAGGGAAGUGUGCUUCGUCGACAUUGCCUACGAUGAGAUCCCAGAGCGCUACUAUAAAGAGUCUGAGGACUUGCGGUAUUUUAAGUCGGAGAAGACGUCGCGGGGAAUGCUUCAGGAGGGCUGGAGGGACACCCAGGACCCCAUUAUGUGUUCAUACAAACUGGUCACAGUCAAGUUUGAGGUCUGGGGACUGCAGACGCGAGUGGAGCAGUUUGUACACAAGGUGGUUCGGGACGUGCUGCUGCUGGGACACAGACAAGCGUUUGCAUGGGUGGACGAAUGGAUCGACAUGACAAUGGAUGAGGUGAGAGAGUUUGAACGCGCCAUCCAGGAGGCCACCAACCAGAAGAUUGGGAUGUUCCCCCCCUCGAUCUCCAUCAGCGAGACACCCCUCUCCUCCUGUGCCCUCACUGGCCCUGCCAGUGCCCCAUCAACCCCCAUGUGCACUGAUGCACCUGAGUCUCUCUCUGUCCCUAAGGACAGACCUCGCAAAAAGUCUGCUCCGGAAACUUUAACCCUUCCCGACCCUGAUUCUAGUGGCGUCCUCCAGGGCUCUACCCUGAGCCCACAACCAGUGUCCAACCACCUCCAAUCAGCCACACUACCCUCCUCAAGCUCGGUUCUUGCUGAGGUAGAUGAGCACUAGAAGGACCGUUGGAUGUCUCCCCCCCCCCCCCCCCCCCCCCCCCCCCCUUUUCCCCAACACCACUGUCUUAGAAGGCCAGUAAGGCUUGCCUAUCCUCCAGACACCAGUACCCAAACAAGAGGUUCUCUUGCCAUAUUUGCCAUGGUCCUGGACAUGCAACAGUCACUCUAAACAUUUUUGUUAGUGUCACUGAUGCCAUUCAGGCAGCUGUAGGCUUAGUGAAUCUAAUGUGGCUGACUUCAACUUUUGUGAGUGUAGCCUGCCUUGUUUCUUGUCUAUUGGGACAAACACCUAUGAUGUCCAAUUAAAACAAAGAGCAUCUCAAGUCAUUUUGCUAAGGAACGUUCUGUAUGUUUUAUAAAUGAAUUAUCCUCAUUGUGUUCACGGCAUGUUUUCUUUGUUUUGAACUAUAAAUUAGUUGCCUUAGCACCACAUAGCUAUAUGUAGUGGUGUUUAUUAGUUUUCCCAGUAUGCACAGAUCAAUGAUGACAUUGUCCUUGCAGCCUGUUUAACGAGUGUAUGUAUUUAAUUAGAAGGAAAAUCAAUAAUAGAGUAUCACAGCGGACCUAAUAUGAUCGACUGUCACACAACAGAGACCUACAACCAAUGAAAGAACCAUCUAGCUACCGCGACCGGAGCUGUCCGAACAGGUCUGUGGAUCAAAGUGCAUCCUUUCGUUUCCAUCCGAGACUCGAGAUGCACGAUCAGUACAAUCACAGUUUACGCCUCAGGUUUCUCCAACCUCAAAGGCAGGGAUAUUGCUGUACCUUUCUUUCCUGCUUAUUGCCACCAAGCCACAUUUUAUACCUCCACAUAUAUUACAGUACAGCUACUGUUGUAUGUGCUCUACCGGUCAACUUAACCCUCAGAAUGUUUACACAAAAGAACCUUGGAGCAUUUGCAUAAUAGCAGUAAUAUAAUAGACUGAGCUGACGAAGCAUGAUUAGGUAUUCUAAAAUGUAAUUCAUUUUUUUUAACAUUAGUUACUGUACUUACUGUUACUGUUGUAUAACAACAGCAACAAGUCAAAUGUUGCCUGAACUAAUGCUGGACAUGUAGUGACAUCCAGUUUUAUCAAAUGAGUGAACCGCUUUAAUUUUCAUUUGUAGGAUCGAGGCCAUUUUUAAGCAAAGACUGAUAUUUGUGACAGCAACUCAAAGCAGAAUAUGUGCAUCGCUUUGGCUUGAGUAUGUGCUGCAGUGGCCGCAUAAAGCUUACAGGAGGGUUCUACUUUGCCACAUACUGUAGUAUUUCAGACAGUGCUUUGGUAGGAACUUCUUUUAGAGGGAACCAGGCUUGUAUUUCUACUUUCCACAUUCACUGACACCUCUGAAUUCCACCAAGUUAUUAAAAGAAAGGGUUUUAUAUGCUGCAUGGAAUGUUCACCACAUAUUAUGUGAAGUAUAUAUGUAGAUACUGUAAAUCGAUUGAUAUACUGGAUUUAUAUUUGGUGAUGUAUGGAAAAAAGCGAAUGCUAAUUUCUGAAGCUCUUUACUAGCUUUGUAUAAUAGUAAAAGUCGAUUGGUGUUGAGAGAAACUAACGUAAGCAUGUCCAGAGAAAAUACUGCAGGCCUUCAACUCAGUGCCUCUGCAUGCAACAGCCCUACUGUAACAACAGACGGUAUGUGUACAUGAAAGUCAUAUUUUUUUUAUUAUUAGUUUUACCCAAAACGUUGCAAUUACCAAGAAUAAAAAUGACCAAGAGCGACGUAAUCAGAUCAGCCAUAUUCAACCACAUUAGAUUUACAAACAGGGCUAACUUGUUAUUAUAUUUUAGGACAUUAUAAGAUAAUUUAUUCUCCCAUUUUUUUCAAGUUUUACAGAGCAAAUACAUUUUGCACUUUUCCAGUCUGUGACACCUUAUUUGACAGUAAGGGAAUAUGUUACAUUAAAGUUGUGUUAGGUCUGUUGGACCAAAGUCCUGUAAUACAGCACUGGGACUUUGAAGAGAGCAGGUUAAGAGUCCUUAGUGGUCUUGCCAUAAAAUCUUGUUAAUAUUUUGUACAGUUUCUCACUUGCUUUUGGUAAAAGAAAUCCAACUGUAGCUAUUUAUCUGUGACUGUAGCUUUUGUCUUUGCCUUUUUGAGGAUAAAAUGUUACAUCCAGUACCAGUCAUCUGCCCUCUGAAACCACCUAGAAUCAGACCUGUCUCUCUUGUCAGGGACACAGAGAUCCAGGGAUAAGAUGUUCCACUGGCUGUUAAAUAGUGGAAAACAUCCUAUUAUGAUCCUUAAGCUCUGUUUAAAAGAGUAAUAUUAGCUAUUGUAAAUACUGUUGUUAAUGAUUAAUAUAGUGGGAUUUCUUACGUUGAAUCUGAUACAGCUUUCAUUGCUGGUGCACCAUGAAUGUGGUCAAAGUGAUUAGCGACAACAACAUCUUUGCAGACUCUCUUUUAACCUAGGAGUAAUGUGUGUCUGUAUCUAUGAAUCGUCAUCUACUGAGGAUACUGAAUUCAGCUAAGUUCGAUCUCCUCAGAUGAGCUUCACGACUCUCGUUGUAGUGGUGAACUUUGACAUUCUCCAGUUGCUUUUGGCAAAAUGAUUCGUACAAGCUUUUUUUAGUGGCUGCUUCAACGUUUAAUUGUUAUGGUAUCUUCUUUUUUUUCUAGUAAAUUUCUGUACUUUGAUUUUGUGAUGGCUGUAUUGUUUGAAGAAAAACUUAAAUGGGUUUAUUCUUUACACCGUUUAGAUUAAAAGGACCAAGCUGUUCACUUCCCCCUUAUCAUCCUCCUGAUGCACUGUGCAUUUGGACACUGUUGUGCUGUCUCCUGAUAACUAGGACCUGCCUCACGAUCCAGUGUCACUGAGUUACUGUAGCUGAAGGACUGCACUGAGAACACUCCGGUGCUCUCUUGUGGUUCAGGUGUGUGCAACAACAUCAUUGAUCCUGCUUGUGAGACAGAGCCAAGAAGUGCCAUUCUUGCUCGGCUGCUGGAAGUUGCUCGUAGUUCUUCCUCUCUAGCUGUUAUUGUAUUUGUUACAUUUUUACAGACUUUUUAGGUUCAUUUAAUUAUUUGUUGUAAUUAUUGUUUAACAUUUUUCUGAAAUACACAAAUAAACAAAUUUACUACCUACUGAAA